AUGGGUCUCAAGACUUACUCGUUUGGGCUGUUUCUCAGCCUCUCACUGAGCUUGGUUACUCAGGCUGAGAAUAUCACAAGUGACACCUACUUCUACGGCCAAUCUCCACCCGUCUAUCCGUCCCCCGAGGGAACCGGGUCUGGCGAGUGGGCCGCUGCGUAUCAGAAGGCAAAGGAAUUCGUUGGCAAGCUCUCGGACAAGGAGAAAUUGAACUUGACUGCAGGUACCUCAGUCAGCAAUGGAUGCUCGGGGAACAUCUCGCCUAUUGAGCGCCUGGGCUUCCCUGGAUUCUGCGUCUCGGAUGCUGGAAAUGGGCUGAGAGGAACCGACUAUGUCAACAGCUGGCCGAGUGGACUACAUGUGGGAGCCAGUUGGAACAAGGGCCUCGCCAAGCAACGCGGAGCCCACAUGGGUGCCGAGUUCCGUCGGAAGGGUGUCAAUCUCCUCCUUGGCCCCGUUGUCGGCCCUCUUGGCCGCAUCGCCGAGGGUGGGCGCAACUGGGAAGGCUUCGCCGAUGACCCAUACCUUUCUGGCAAACUAGUAUACGAGACUGUUCACGGAAUCCAAUCAUCAGGGGUCGGGGCUUCUACCAAGCACUACAUUGCCAACGAACAAGAGACCAACCGAAACCCCGGCAAUAAUGAACAGGGCGAGUACACCGAGGCCGUCUCGUCGAACAUCGAUGACAAAUCCAUGCACGAACUAUACCUUUGGCCUUUUCAGGAUGCGGUUCUCGCUGGGAGUGCUUCGAUCAUGUGCUCGUAUCAGCGCAUCAACAACUCCUAUGGGUGCCAGAACAGCAAGACUCUCAAUGGACUUCUCAAGACCGAGUUGGGUUUUCAGGGCUAUGUGAUCACCGACUGGGGCGCGCAACAUGCUGGAAUUGCAGGCGCCAAUGCAGGCCUGGACAUGGUAAUGCCUUCUUCUGAUACUUGGGGUGACAACCUCACGACUGCAAUCAAGAACGGCUCGAUGGAGGCAUCCAGAUUGGACGAUAUGGUCACCCGUAUCAUGGCAACAUGGUACCAACUCAACCAAGAAGAAGGCAUCCCGAACCCCGGUAUCGGAAUGCCAGCAGACAUCACAGCACCACACCAAAAGGUCGUCGGUAAAUCCGCAGACUCCAAGUCCGUCCUGCUGCAAAGCGCAGUUGAAGGCCACGUUUUGCUGAAGAACAUCAACAACGCCCUUCCUCUCAAGUCUCCUAAGAUGAUCUCGGUCUUCGGCUACGACGCUAACGGUCCCGAUUUCCUGGAAGUAUCUCUAGCGCAACAGGAUCAAAGUCCUCUUUACCAGAACAAUACUCUCUACACUGCUGGUGGCUCCGGUGCCAAUUCUGCCGCGUACGUCGAUAGCCCUAUUGAUGCUAUCCUGCGCCAGGCCUAUGAGGAUGACACCUCCGUCAUGUACAACUUCUACGAUCAGAAUCCUGAGGUUGAUACUAUCUCUGAUGUUUGUCUUGUUUUUGUGAACAGCUAUGCCAACGAGGGAUAUGAUCGUCCCGAUUUGAGCGAUGAGUACAGUGACACGCUCAUCAAAAACGUGGCGAGCAACUGCCCCAACACGAUGGUCAUCUCUCACAAUGCCGGUAUCCGGAUCGUGGACGACUGGAUCGAGAAUGACAAUGUUACGGCUGCUAUCUUUGCCCACCUCCCUGGUCAGGAUACAGGUCGCUCGCUUGUGGAAAUUCUCUACGGUCGCGCUAACCCCUCUGGUCGUCUCCCCUACACUGUGGCUAAGAAGGCUUCGGAUUACGGUGCCCUCAUCUCGCCUGCUCAACCGGAGGGCGAGUACUGGCUUUUCCCACAGGAUGACUUUACCGAAGGUCAAUUCAUUGAUUAUCGCGCCUUCGAUAAGAAGGGGAUUACGCCGCGCUUUGAGUUCGGAUUUGGAUUGUCCUAUACCACUUUCAAGUACUCUAGUCUAUAG